AAAGUUUUUUAUCCGAAAAAGCUAAAUCAAUGGGAUGUUUUUUGUCUUUUAGUGUGUGAAAGGAGCAAAUAUUAGCGGUUUGACAACUUGGGAUUCCCGGCAAGUAAAAACGGAGGGGUGGGGGUACAUUUAGCACAACCUAAUGACAAUUUUAUAGGAUGGAAAACAAACCGUUACAUCUCUAAACCGUUGAGAUUUCAUGUGCCAUUAUGGAUGCAGGUGGUGGGAUUGAUGCUUCUGAUCCAAGCAAGCAAAUAAGUGAGAAGCAAACAAGAGACUUGUUCCUCAACUUUCAUUGCUUCUGUACCCGUAAAGAAAUACAAUGCUACGAUGUUGUACUUGAAGAUACAAAUAUAGCGAAAGCACUCACCGAAUACGUUUCUUAUGCUGCGAUAGAGGUUUUAGUAGUUGGAGCCUCAUCGCGCCAUGGUUUCAUCAGAUUUCGGAGUUCUGAUGUUCCAAGCCACGUGAUGAAAUCGAUACCAGAUUUCUGCACGGUUUAUGUCAUCUCGAAAGGUAAGAUAUCAUCAACAAAGAAAGCUUCAAAAGCAGUCUCAUUUCCAUCCCCUUUACGCGAGAAAAUCGAAGAGCAAUCUAGCAUUAACUUAGAAGCAAGUGUACAACGCAAGAACAGUUUUAGCAUUAAAGUACCAGAAAUAACUCCUAAGAAGCCACUUCCGGUGCUAGAAGACCCCGAAACAAUCAGGUCACCCUUUAAUAAAGGGAGAGGGUUAAAUGUGAAGUUGUUGGGUGGGGAGCUUUCUGAACCAGAUACGGAUCUAUCGUUUCUAAGCCCAGCUGCAAGACAAAGUUGUGCUCGGAUGUCUGCAGCUUCUGCAAUGAAUUAUGACAUGUCUUGUGUAGAUUUGACCCCACGGGUUUCGGGUGCUAACGACUGGAGCUUUGAGUCACCUUAUGGUGGAAACAACAUGGGUUCAAUGUUUCCUUCAACCUCAAACAAUCCGACUUCAGCACGGACAGCGGAAGAUGUGGACAACGAAAUGAGAAGACUAAAGAUGGAACUCCAGAAAACAAUGGAGAUGUAUAGUUCAGCCUGCAAAGAUGCACUUACAGCAAAACAAAAGGCCGGAGAACUCGAACGAUCUCGAGUGGAAGAAUCGAGUAGACCAUCCGAAGCUAAAACUGGAGAAGAUGAAGCAGCAGAACUUUUAGAGAAAGAAAAAGAACGAUACCAAGCAUUAAUAGCGAAGGCACACGCGUCAAAGAAAAUCGCGGAGUUAGAAUCCCAGACUCGAGCACUCGAACACCCGGAGGAAGAACAGCAGGAAUUGAAUAGUAAACAGUAUAGAUACAGAAGAUACACGAUAGACGAUAUCGAAAGGGCAACAAGUAACUUCUCAGUGUCCAAAAAGGUUGGCGAAGGAGGUUAUGGUCCAGUGUUUAAGUGUGUGCUUGAUGAUACAUCUGUUGCGAUUAAAAUUUUACGACCCGGUGCUGCGCAAGGAAGAUCACAGUUUCAGAAAGAGGUGGAAGUGUUAAGUUGCAUUCGACAUCCGAAUAUGGUUUUACUCCUUGGAGCAUGCCCGGAAUACGGUUGUUUGGUCUACGAGUUCAUGGAUAACGGUAGCUUAGAAGAUCGUUUACUAAGAAGAGGAAACACCCCACCAUUAUCAUGGCAAGUUAGGUUCAAAAUCGCAGCGGAAAUAGUUACCGGAAUCUUGUUUCUCCACCAGACCAAACCGGAACCAAUAGUCCACCGUGACUUAAAGCCUGGAAACAUUCUUCUAGACCAAAACUUUGCGAGCAAGAUAAGUGACGUGGGACUCGCGAGGCUACUCCCUGCUUCGUCACUAAACGAAGAUGUCAGUCAGUAUAAAAUGACAUCAGCGGCUGGGACGAUGUGUUACAUCGACCCAGAGUAUCAGCAAACCGGGAUGCUUGGUGUCAAAUCAGAUGUUUAUUCUUUAGGAAUCAUGUUGUUACAGUUAAUUACAGCCAAACCCGCUAUGGGUUUGGCUCAUCAAAUUCGAAGGUCCAUUGACAAAGGGACCCUUGCCGAUAUGUUGGACCCAACUGUGACUGAUUGGCCGGUUGACGAAGCACUAGGGUUCGCGAAACUAUCGAUUCAAUGCGCUGAGUUGCGGCGCAAAGAUAGACCGGAUCUUGACAAGGUUGUGUUGCCUGAGCUUAAUAGGUUGAGAGCUCUUGGUGAACAAAAUAUGACAUCUCCUGCCCUGGAUACAAGCGACCCUUAAAGCAGUUCAAGUUCGAUGACACUCGAGUAGAGGCAGUCUAGUUUGUAGGUGACUGACCGUAACAAGCAAAAAUGUUGAUUUCUGUGUAGAUUACAGAACUACUUCAUAUUUUGUAGAAUUGGCAGCUGGACAACAGGGCAAAUCACAAGAAAAUACAAUAUAAUUUUUAAUU